UCGAGACAUUUAUAUUGUCCUUCAUUCCCGCCGCGGGCCUUGAACAACUUCCUCGCAGACCGGCUCGCUUUUGAAUUCGUUCAUUCCCUCGUGCCACACCCAACAUGGACUCCGCAACGCCCAUUCCCGUAGCAAUCUUUGGCAAGGACCCCAAGGUUGCGAGGGCAGUCUGUGAGAAGCUGCUCCCAGACUUUGAUGCGGUCCACGUAUGCCUGGACCUACCCUCCGCCCUGGUCGAGCUGCCCGCCCUCUUCUCGCCCUCGGGCCCGCCGCCGCCCGCUCCCGCCUCGGGGCUCGGCACCAACGCGUACACGCCGGACCCGGCCAAGCGCCGCGCCAAGGUGCCCCAGGCCGUCUUCUUUGGCGGCGGGUUCACCGACGACGAGUACAACGCCGUCGUCGACGCCGUCCAGAAGGUCACCGCCACUACCGCCACUACCACUAACACCAGCGGCAACGACGACGACGACGACGACGCCGCCGACGCAGACCCGGCCGGGUUCAGACAGCAACCGGUACGGGGCGGCACCAGCAGCAACAGCAGCACCAGCAUCAGCAGCGACAGGAGCACCAGGAGCAAUGGCCACCAGCAGCAGGUGCACUUCAUCAAGGUGCAGAAGCGCGAUGUGCUCGCGGCCGGCGCGCUGGGGCCCAACCCGGACGUCAUCUGCAAGGUUUUCCGCAAGAAGAUGGCGGCCGCGCUGGACCGGGACCGGGACCGGGGCCGGCUCGAGCAGCGUGACCAGCAGCAGCACCAGCAGCGGCAGCGGCUGCAGCGGCGGCGCCUGUCCUGAUUGCCCCCUCCCCCCCUUCCCCCGGGGCCGAUGAGGUUCCCGGCUGCUAGCAGGUGGCGAUGGUGGCAAGGAGAGCAACAGCGGCAGCAGCAGCAGCCGCCGCCGGAGGGGGGAAGUGGUGGACCUGGUAGUCGUCGUCUUACGUCCUCGUCAUCCUUGGAGUGGCAGGAGCAGUGACAAGUAAAACAAGGUGGGCCGGCGGAAAGCGUGGAUUGUCCCUUUUUCCCCCGUCUGCUGCCGCUGCCGAGGUCGCUGGCACUAACGUUGUCCGGGGUUGGACCCGGGGGA